UAUCAUAACUUUUAAAAUGGAAAUUUUUGUUGUUAUAAAGUUUUAUUUUUAAUUUAAAUGUGUGGAGGGCACUUGCCGUGAUCGGCAAAUGGUGAUUAUUUUUUAGUUUUGUUUGACUUUAAAGUGCUUUAAUCGUUAUGUUUUGCACUUUUUUUGACACUACAGAUUUGUCUUAACUAGUACUUGGGCUCUGUGGUUUGUGAGUUUGAAGCUUUUUCAGGAAAUGAUGUGCAGAACUCUCAUCAGUGGUCUGGUGCCGUCGUGUUCAGAUGAGCUGCAGCUUCAUGAUUGUACAAUGGUGUAUUUUAAGAAGAAAUAUUUCGGCGUGUGGAUGGUUUAUUGGUGGUGUUUGGCAUUUGGAAAUGGAGAAAGCCUGUGCAAAAAUGAAUAUUUAAUACACAUUAACAUUUCUACUGAGCUCCAGUCUGAUGUCCUGCUGCCGUGUAGCUUUAAUUCAACUCUCCUCGGAUCAGAUAAGACUGCAGAUAUAGCAGUAGUGUGGAGUCAAAGGAACACAACAUCAUACAAUCUACUGGAGAUCCUUCUAAAGGGAGAACUGCAUCCCUGGAAUAACAAAGGUGGACGCAUCAGAAUGUUUCCUGAGCUCUCUGAAUCUGGAAACUUCUCCAUCCUCCUUGAGAAAGUGCAGCCGUAUGAUGUGGGUCUCUACAGCUGUGAGCUGUUUAAUGGGACCAGGUGCAGAAUUGCGUAUCAGGAGAUACAGCUUGGCCUCAUGAUCCAUCGUUCCUCUCUGUUAUUGUGGAGCAUAGUAGGAGCAUUCGCAGGAGGAAUUGUGCUGCUUGCUGUAUUCAUAACCUAUUUGUUACGUGCAAAACUGUUAGAUGAUGCGACUUCACCAAAAGGAAAGCAGCAGCCACAGCCAGACAGCAGUUGUGAAAACCGUUACACCGAAGUGAUGUUCACUCUACACAGUCCAGAGCAGCCAUAACAAGGAAAGUAAAUGUCCAUAACUGACUUUUUUGUUGUUGCUGUUCUGUAUUAAUGUGUAAAUUCUGUUUCCUUUUUUGUUUUUAUUUCAGUUCAUGGUGUGUGUUUUUUCAUAUUUCCAUCAUUCUUAAACCUUUUUCUUGACUCUUAGAAGAACCAACGCAGAAUUGAGGAGAGAUCAUGUGACAUAUGCUUGUAGGAUUACAGAUGUUGGAGCUUGAAUAUUAAAUCAUGUGUUUGUUCUUUAGAAUAAUGAUUUCAGUCUUAGCUGUGUGUUCAUGAUGUGUGAUUUCUUUAUAAAUGCAAUAAACAACACCGAAAAAUGAA